GUGGUGUAGUGUUGUGGUGGUAUGGUCUGCUGACAGUGAUUGCUGUCACCACCCGUCGUCUGCUGACAAGUGCUGUCACCACUCGUGGUCUGCUGGUAGUGAUAGUACUGCCACCAGGCGUCGUCUGCUGACAGUACUGUCACCACUCGUCGUCUGCUGACAGUGAGAGCAGAGACCUGAGGGACAAGCACAACGGAUGACGUCUUAGCAGUGAUGGUACAAUAGUGUACCACGAGUGAUCACAAAGAUUACAGUACCAUAAUGCUGGCAGUACUGUAAUAUGGUGCCGUGUUUGGCUACGGUGCCCUGAUUGAAGGCUCGCGCAUGGUAGGUACAGUGCUAGCCAUCCAGGCUGUUUAGACACUGGCUACGGUCGAUUCAAGAGUGCCAGCUGGGUGACACUGGCACUAAUAUGCCCGGAGACUGAGGGACGGUCGCAUAUGGUGCCACCAGAGGCAGCCUGAGGUGGCAACAGUGUAUCUUCGUCAUGUCGUUCGUGACGUCACUCUGGAUUCGCAGCUCACGAACGGGGGAGCUUUGUUUAUGAUGACGUCACACAAUGCAGGUCGAAGCUGGAGGGGCGUGAGGAAUCAGCUCAGAGAGGAGGCAGACCGCAGUCUGGAACUUCGAGUCAGAACGACGCCAGAGAGGAGGAAGAAGAGGUAGAACAAGAAGAAACAACAGUGGAUUCUGAAGAUGUAGGCGUUAAAAGUUACGAGAAGCCAACGUCCGCCAUCAGCUAUCAAGAUUCAAGGGCUUCGAACACAAGGGAAGCAGGUGACAGUAUCUUUCUAAGGCAAGCCCUGUGUUUCUGACUUUUGCAAGAGGCGUCCAGUUCGUGACCCCAUGAGCGGGCGACGGGCCGCUUCGUCCUGCUGAAGACAGAGACCAGCGACAGUGAUUGCGGACAUCGCGCGCUUAAGUCAACGACAAAGGACAACGGAGCGACAUGUCUCGUUCAGAUGGCCCACCUGAGGCUCGCUGGAAACUCCUGGAAGGAGAAAACCAGGGUCGGAGAGGCUCUCCAGACCUGCUCGGGCCGCCUGCUGGAGGCACCCCACAGAGUGGCACGCCCCUUCUGGGCUUCCGACGCCCACCACGCCCCUCCACGCCCUCCACGGCGCCCGUGUCACCCACGCACACCAACACCCCUCCACAUUCCGGAACACCCCAACCGGAGGACUCCGUGCCUUCCUCAAGGAGGUCAUCGCUUCUGCCGCCCUGUACGGACUCCCGCCGGGGCUCUCAGACCAAGAAGGCGCUGACGGGGCUCGUCAAGGACGCCAGGAAGGGCAUCAAGGACGUCAAGGACACCUCCAUGAAGGCUGGCCAGAAGAGCCCGUUUGCUUUUAACCCGUUUAUCUACGUCAAGGACAAGACGGUGAGUGUGUCUGGACACAUGAAGGAUGCGACAGUGGGCGCUUCUCAAUGGGUGGCCUCUCAGACCUCGAAGACGGCCAAGGCGGCCAUGGACCAGGCCAAAUCUGGCCUCAGUCUGGGCGAGAAGUUCACCCUCUUCGCUGUGGAGAAGAUCAGCACGUUCUCACGAAAGGGGUUCACACACGUGUUCAUGUUCCUGAUCCUGGCGGGGUACACGGCGCUAGGGGCCCUGCUCUUCAUGGCCCUGGAAGCCCCACACGAGGAAGAGAUCAAGCACAAGUACGAAGAGGCUAAAAUCACCCUCAUUGAGACCCUCUGGGAGAACACCGUCCAGAAUAGGGCCAUCAACUUCUCCAACUGGGAAAAGAUAGUGGACAAUCAGCUGAAGAACUACGACGACCAGCUCAAGCUGUCAUGGUCGGCCGGAAUUUCAACGGAUCCCGACGAUCGAAUAUGGACUUUUUGGAAGACGAUGUUCUUCUGUUCUACCAUAACAACCACGAUUGGUUAUGGCCACAUCUUCCCCCGGACCAAUGCUGGCCGAGCACUUACCAUCGUCUACGCUAUCCUCGGCAUUCCUAUCUUCCUCAUCUUAAUGGCCGACUUCGGCAAGCUCUUCACCCGGCUCCUCAAGUCAUUGUUCGUCUUCGUCCGGAGGCUCUACCGCACUUCCACCUGCCGGAGAGUCAGGAAGUCGCGCGCUGUGCAGUCUGUCAAACAGCAGCAACAGCGAGUCAGCCCGACGCCCAAGCCUCCCUUGGCGGUGCCGGAGUCGAUCUCCACCGACUUCGACAAGCAGGACGGAGAGGUCGACCAGCUGAGUCAGGUGAGAGAGAGGGAACCUUUCUUGUCGGAGGAGAAAAGGAAGCAGGAACAGAAUGGUAGCGGUGGUAAGGAAGAGGAGGAACAGGAGGAACAGGAAGAGCCUCGCCCAUGCUGUUGUUCGGCGUGGAUGAGGAAGGCGCGGGUGUGGUGCGGUUCGCUGUGCAGGAGGAAGGAGGACGUGGCGGUAGAGGACGCCACACCGGAGUCUGAGGAAGAAGCUGUCAUAGACGACAACUUCAAUCUUCCCAUCUCUCUCGCCCUCCUCAUCCUCCUGGCCUACAUGGUCAUCGGCUGCGUCAUCUACACUAUGUGGGAGUCUUGGACAUACUUUGAGGCGUUCUACUUCAUCUUCAUCUCCAUGACGACCAUUGGGUUUGGCGAUUACGUUCCUCAGGUCGACGACGACUCUAAGCAUCCAGCCUUCAUGAUGAUGACGACUGUCUACCUGGUGUUCGGGCUCGCUCUCACCGCUAUGUGCAUCAACAUCAUCCAGGAGAAGCUGUCAGACACCUUCCGUCACGCGAGCGAGAAGCUGAAAGAUUCCUUAGGUCACAUCAUGGCGGCUGCCACUCAAGGAGAGGAGGGCGCCCUACAGGAAGGCAAAGAGGUGGAAGUAGCGGAAGUCCACGGUGGCAACAUCCAGACGCCCACCAUCACAGUCAAGAAAGAAACAUAGCUUGCCACUACACAUGUUUACAAGUUGCUAAAUUGUAGCGCAGCUGUGUUGUGUUUACAAGUUGCUAAAUUGUAGCGCAGCUGUGUUGUGUUUACAAGUUGCUAAAUUGUAGCACAGCUGUGUUGUGUUUGCAAGUUGCUAAAUUGUAGCACAGCUGCGUUGUGUUUACAAGUUGCUAAAUUGUAGCGCAGCUGUGUUGUGUUUACAAGUUGCUAAAUUGUGACACAGCUGUGUUGUGUUUACAAGUUGCUAAAUUGUGACACAGCUGUGUUGUGUUUACAAGUUGCUAAAUUGUAGCGCAGCUGUGUUGUGUUUACAAGUUGCUAAAUUGUAGCACAGCUGCGUUGUGUUUACAAGUUGCUAAAUUGUAGCGCAGCUGUGUUGUGUUUACAAGUUGCUAAAUUGUGACACAGCUGUGUUGUGUUUACAAGUUGCUAAAUUGUAGCGCAGCUGUGUUGUGUUUACAAGUUGCUAAAUUGUAGCGCAGCUGUGUUGUGUUUACAAGUUGCUAAAUUGUAGCGCAGCUGUGUUGUGUUUACAAGUUGCUAAAUUGUAGCGCAGCUGUGUUGUGUUUACAAGUUGCUAAAUUGUGACACAGCUGUCUUUACAGCUGUGCUCUCGUGAUAAUAUCUGACAAAAACGAAAAAAGCUUGACAGAACGGUCAUCUUUUACGAAGCUAAUCCAGCAUUAGUGGUCCAAAGAAAAUUGUCAAAACUGUGAUUUAUGGAACCAGGAUUAAAGUUUGUGUUGUGUGUUUAUGUUGAGGAAACACUGGAGAGAAGCCGAGUGUGUCAACACAUAGUUGCCUGAGGUCUCUCCCUAGUGUGAAUAAACCUUGCAUGGAAUGUGUUGAUCCCAUUUGUACUUAGAGAAACAGUUAGUGCAGAUCAAUUUGACUGUACGAAGAGCUACAUUCAGUGAUAACAGAUCAAAUUUGGAAUAAAAUCCAAAGAUUUUGCAUAAUCUUGGCUUGCGUUAUUUUUUAUCUCACUUAUUUGUUAUUCGUAAGUGUUGUAUAUUAUAAUACAUAAUUACCUUUUAGCCAAUAACUAUCAUCGGUCAUUCUAGUAGACCGACAAUGAAUCUCAAUAUGUCACUCCUCGGAAAUGUCUUAAAAACCAACAAACACCUGAGACUUACCCUAUAGGAUUACGCAGAGUAACAAGGCUGGCGAGAUGCCAGACACAACAACCCGAGAAACACUUUGCUGACCAGUUGUUUUUGUUUCGCGGGAAUAAUGAAAAACGUUUAUAAAGCUGAAGAGAUUAGUGAGCUUAGCACGCCACGGUGCAGUUGCUCGGAUGAGCUGAGUCUCCGGGGUAAUGUUUCCACAGAAACAAUGCGACAUACGUAGUUAAUCUGUCCUACAAUUCUGCUAAAAGAAUGACAAUUUUCUGAAUUAAACAUAAAGCAGCCAGAGAGUAGACCGAUCAGACACUGCCGAAGAAUCACAGAACGACAGUGGUCCACUUUAGAGAGUUCCAGUGUACCGAAGAUAUAUAGAAGGCUGUCACUGGCCCAGUUAUAAUAAACGUCAGGGAAUAACAGAGAGCCUAAUUAGCGAUCGGUAAAAUACAUUAAAUUAGGAAAGACCCCCCCCCCACAUUAGAAACGUCCAAAUUAGCAUCUACGCAAUUUAGACCCGCCGGAGUGACCCCUAAAUUGAAAACAACCUAAUUAGGAGCUCAAGUGAGCACACUAGAGAAGAGUGGAUGGUGACCCACAGACUUGAGUGCACGCUGUGGAUGGUGACCCACAGACUCUCAAGGGGCCCAGUUUGAGACCACAGGCAUAUCAUUAGUGUUCACGAAAGCCACAUUUCUCGAGACUAAUCUCAUGACAAACUUUUUUUCUAAAUAGAGGUGUAAGUAAUUUUACGAUUACGCUCAAGAAUAGUUUAAGCCAGCGCUGUUUAUUACAAUUAUUGUUGAUUUAUGUUAUGGUAACUUGUUGAUAUCAAAUAGCCUUGUUGCGUGCUUUUCCAUAUAACAUUAAUUAAGACUUUUGUAAGAAAGAAUGGUAAUAUGUUACUGCAGUGAAACUUGCGAGUUGAAUCCCAACAUAACUUAUUUGUUCAGAAGUUACCUAAAAGGUAUUUGGCAGUAUUUUCCCUUUAAAUGUUUAGAUAAGAUACUCUCUGAUUAAAUAAUAUUAUUACAUGAAAUUAGCGAGCGAAUAAAUUAGCUUAAUUGUACUGAUGUACCCAAGAACCUGAGCCCAAACAGAGUGGAGAAGUUGGGUGGUACUCAAACCCAAUUUUACCAGACAACACCCCCCCCCCCCGACAAACACACACACACACACACACACAUCAUCGUUAGGCAGUGAUGUGGUGGAGGCUGACUCCAUACAGUUUCAAGUGUAGAUAUGACAGAGCCCAAUAGGCUCAGGAACCUGUACACCUGUUGAUUGACGGUUGAGAGGCGGGACCAAAGAGCCAGAGCUCAACCCCCGCAAGCACAAUUAGGUGAGUACACACACAAACACACAUAUAUGAAGGUGCCAUCAAAAACUUACACACAGGUUAUCAGUCUCUUAUGGUGCUCACAAAUGCAACAUUAUCUGUUCUGAAUAAAAAAAAAGACCGAAGAAAUGUUAAUGUAACUUUUAUGUAUGUUUAAGGAAUUCGGCCGUUGUACUCGUCAGUUAUAACAGAAAAAAAAGACCUAAACAUACCAAUAUUACAGUAGAGAGUCGUCAGUAUGAAUAACCUACCAUGCGAGUGUGAAAUAAAGGUUCAGGCGUUCUAGUAAGAGGCGUUCUUCUCCCGUUAUGGAUUAAAACUCAAGCUUUAAAUCGUCUGUAAUCGUUUUAGUCUUAAAUCCAAGACUUCUAAUUCAGUAAUUUGUCCAAAAGUUAUUCUCGCAAUCUCAAAGAUUGUUUUCUUAGUCAAACUAAGAGGUCUUGCAGUCUUUACGAAAAAAAACAUUAUCCUCAUCAUGCAUAUACUUCAGAUGGCAUCUCGCCUCUAAUUUGUCUAAAGUGCAGUAUAUAUGUACUAGGUUGUGAAAACUGUAGUUAAUAAUUCUGCACAAUGCUGAGCAACUUUUAUGUAAAAGCGUCUGCCAACACACCAAAGUUAUAUAAUAAUAAUAAUAAUAAUAAUAAUAAUAAUCAAUCCUGGAAGUUCUAUCAGAAAGAUCAAUCUAAAAGCUAUGAUUGUAAUAUCAAUUGGAAACUCGCCGUCUUCUGAAUGGUAUUCGAGUUACCAAACCAUUUUGAUGAUUAUAUCCCGCCAAACACACACCGAAACUACGACGUUAGUACAACGUUCGAACAAGUUUUAACACCUAACCAGUUAUAAGAACCAAUAUAGCAAGUUGUAACAACGUUCUAAUACGUCAUAAACACGUUAAGCCAAGAUGUAACAACUUUAUUACAAGUUGUAACAAGCGGAAAAGAGACAGUUUCGGUUUGUGUUUCCAGGGAUCAUUAUAUAAUAUAAAGAGCCUAAAUUCACAUUACCUAUAACAGUGUGAAGGAUACUGCACCCGGAGCCGUUCGUUACGUUGCCUCAUGUUCUGUUACCAAAGAAAUGGAAGUUAUUAAUUAUAAAGCCAAUAAACAUUAAUAAUACAGAUACGAAUAAAAAUGAUUCAAAUAAAAGGUCUCAAUCAUCCAAAAAAAUUGAUAAACAAAAAAUCAACUUGGUACAUCUGAGAGAAAGUACCACAGCUUGGUACUUCCUCGAAGAAGUACCAUGCUGCAGACGUAGGACAAGUGUCAGAAGGUGAUCCAGAUACACUGUACUUUAUUUCAUAUACAUUUAAGUUUCUUAUGCGUGUGAGACAGGCAGCCACGGGGGGCGCCAACCUCAGAAUCCACGCCACUGACAACAGCCUCCAAAUUAAGAGGCUUUAUUGAAAUUAAAAACGAUCCAAUUUGUACGUUUCCUCUCACUACUGGUCAUCGUCUUCGAUAGGUCAAGUGGAUUAGUCUUGGUUCGUAACGCUUAAUGUUUGGUAAAAAAAAAAUCAAAUUAGAUGGUUGUUAAAUCAUGAACAAGAGGCUACACCUAUUUGGGUUUUUUAUCCCAAAACCCGUGCUACACGGCAAGGGUUUUUAUUUUGACACGUACAACAGCAAAUGUUUUCCCUAAGCAGAAGGGUACGAGCCCAAAAGACCCAAGCAACGAACUAAUCGAGGCUGAUGCCUAGUCUGCAAGCAUAUACGUCCCGUUCUUAAACGGAUUAUUCGAAUCCGUGAAAAAACGCGAUGAUUAGCGAGAGGACGAGUUGCUCAGUAAAACGUGGCAAGAUUGCGCAUUCGAGAACGCCUCGGAGUUCACUUCCUGAACUGAUUAUGUGCCUCUGUAACCCUUUCCACCAGAACGCACAAGGAUGGGUAUCGGGUGCCUAAUGAAGAACCGAAAUGAAAAAAGAACGCCUCAACUGAUCACCCGCAGUAUACCAAUGCUGGCGAUACGUGUAAACUUCUCUCUGUACAGUAUACCCACAAGUUACAUUCACGCUAGUUUACUUACAGUAGCGGCUGUUGUUAGUUAAGCUCUUGUUAUGCAUAUUGAAUGUUAGUUCAUAGUAAAACACUUACUUCGGGUAUUUUCUUUAACAUUUGUGGCUAAUAUUAAUUUAGUGCUGAGUGUGAAGGAGUCACGCUCACGGCUGUGAGAGACCACUACCACAACGUCUUGUAAACAAUAACUCAUCAUUAAGAUCUGGUGCUUUUCUACUCAUUAACUACUAAGGCAUAUCUUGGGGUAAUACAAAAAAAACAUGUUCUGGGGUAGUAUUAAGUUAGCUUUUUCACAUGUUACUUGUUCUUUGUGUAAUCAAAUGUUCUUCACUGGAUCGUGAGGAACGUGUUGUGUGUUUACGAUGAUUUAAGUAAUUAUGAUAUUAGGAAGAGUUGAGUAAUUAUUAGUUAAGGAUGAGUUGGAGCCAGUGUUGAAGCGGCUGUGUGUUUGUUAUGGGAAUCUUUGUAACCUAAGGUAGUCAUUUACACGUAUGUUCAGUAUUAUCAAAUAUAUCUUGUUAACAAUUUGCCUUACUCGGUGCUUUAAGAUUUAACAGACAAAAUGGUGGAAUGUGCAGAAGAGUCGUCGCACAAACAGCGAUACAAACAUGUGAUUGUGGGUAACUGAAACACCGUUAUUGUUGUUGUUGUUGUUUUAGAUUCAGCCUCUCGGAACAAAAGUUUCAAGUAGCACGGGCUAUGGUGAGCCCGUAGAACCCUUUACCACACCAUAGCAUAAAAGCCACGGUGUUUUUCACACUUCACAUCAUACUUCACUCACAGUUACUGUUCUCCUAGAUCUUGAGGUGGGAACAGUUAGGACAGUAAUGUCACUGUAGCCUCACCUCGUCACUGUAACCGUGUUUCAGACUUGGCCAAGGUACCUGGGAAGCCACCCACCCCCCCACCCCCCCGCACCUGUGGGAAUUUGCAUUCAAUAUGCAAUCCCAAAUAUAUUUGGUUCAAUUCAAAAACUAUUUUAUGCAUGACACCAGUGUUGAUAUUUAAGGUGAUUAUUUCUUGGCAACACUCUAUAAGGUUUGUGUAAUAUAUGUCUCCUGGUGUGGCAGAGGUUACCUGGUGUGGCAGAGGUUACCUAGUGUGGCAGUCACCUUGUGUGACAGUGGUCACGUAUUGUGGUAGAAUUCUCCUGGCAUGACAGAAGUCACCUAGAGUGGCAGAAGUCCCCGGAUGCAGGAAAUCAUGUGCACUAGAGCCGGAAGCGUACAGCCGGCAACACUGCCCGUACCGAUGGUCAAACACACUGAUAACUUGGUUGUGUGACGAGGCUGUUUAUAAGCCAAUUUGUACCUUAAGUCCAGAACCUGUUACAUUAUUCACAGAAUCUUUCCUACACCAUAAUUACUAAUGCACAGUGGCCGUAAGGCUCAGAUAUCGUUAGCAAAGUAGGAGUUAGAAAUGGUCAAUAUACAGGUAUUUUAUGAUAAAAAAGUUACUUUUCUAUGGGCUAGAUUUAGUGAACUGCAGCAUUAUCUUUUAAAGCAGAGGUUCUUAACCCCUUUUUAAUGGUUGCAGAUCCCAAUGAAUUUCCCAUUAUUACAUCAAUUACGGCCCCCCCCCCUUUCGUCAGACUGUUAGCAUCACCACUACAUGGUGUGGUGAUGUCAGUCACACCAGGUGGUGAUGUAGUGACCUUUUAGGUAAUCAGUAUGACAUCAAAAAGUGUCAAGUGCUUGGUUUUUACUUUACAUCUGAAGGGUUAGGAACAGAGAAAACGGGAAAUCACAAAUCCACACGCUAGCUACGACUAGUGAGCCGAAAAUUGCUGUUUUGCUCCCUUGCCGCUGUUUUUUGUGCAAUCAAAACAUGGAAUCGUGUGAGAUAAAUAUGCCGAUUGUUUGGUUCCCACUCCCACAUGGGGCAUGACAAUCCCCGCUUAAGAGCCCCUGUUUUAAACAUAGAUCAUCGCAAGCAGUAGUCCAUGUGUAAAUGUUAAAUUGUGCUUUAUGACGGCAUAAAGGAAUUGGGACGUCACUCGCAGGUAUUUGAGUGUACUGGGAGUGGACUGUAUUUUGCAGGAAUUGCUGCACAUGAUAAGUAAUAGGGACGGUGAUGCAGUUGCUGCGUGUGUUGGUAACCCAUACCCCCCCUUAUACCCUCCCACCCACCCCUCCCAGCCCAGUCAUUAUGUGUUUACAUACACACAGGAUUCACAAUAGCGUGAUAUAUCACAUGAACAAAUCCACAAGGGCCGUGUGAUGAGGUUCGAACCCUCAUCACACGGCCCUUGUGGAUUUGUUUAUGUGUUUACAUCGUUGUUGCCGCUACCCGACAUACUCGCCCACAUAUCCAGCCCACUCCACCACAUGCAUGUCCACCAAUACCACCCAUACCGGGCUGCCCAUUCCCACCCACCUACUCAACCAUGCCUUGUACACAGACACAACACCACCUCCCACAUAUAACCCUGCCAUGUACACUUACAAUACACACACACACACUCAGUUCUUAUACAAAUACACCAUACAUACCCAUACACUCAAGCCUUGUACACUUAAAACUAGACAGAGCCACACAACCCGACAAAAUACAUGUAUAUUCAGUUUAAAGGAUAGCACAGUUGGCUUCGUUCUCGACUUACAAUCGAGGAUCCUAAGUUCGAUCCUCGGGAGGGACAGAAAUGAAUGGGCACGUUUCCUUUCACCUCAUUGCCCCUGUUCACCUAGCGGUAAUUAGGUACCCGGGAGUUAGGCAACUGUUGUGGUGUUGCAUCCUGGGGAGGGUCAGUAGUUUGACCUUUGAAGGGAGGGAGGGAGGGAGGGGGGGGAGGAAGGGACCUCGAUAUAAACCUAACAUGCACCGCUCACCCAUAUAUCUCCACCUAACUAGAUCUUGUACGCAAGCAUCACCUAUUCAUCCAAUCACCAUGCCCAGCCUCCUUCCCAUCCCCCCCCCCAUGCCUGUCCAUAAUCUUUACACCCUCCCCACCUUGCCAAUCUGUCCUUCCUCUCCUACCUUCCAGUCCCUUCCUCUUCCCCAUCUCUCCUCCCCUCCUCUUCCCCAUCUCUCCUCCCCCUCUCUCUCUCCCACCACCUCACCACCCACAUAUUUAACAUGUACGUCCACACGCACCCCGGGACCUCGUUGGUGGUCCCGGAAUCUUAUAAAACUUCACGAAUAAAUCAAACGUCUUAA